AUGUCUUCGUCGCCAUUAUCAUCAAAGAAUAAUACAUUUGUCCAAAGUCAAGCACCCUAUUUCAAUCGACAAGAUAGUAAUUUAACUUUACCAAUGAAUGCAAAUCGUUAUUCACCAAGUCCAACAUCGACAACAACUCGUAUUGUUGGACCAAAACCAUUUUAUCGUUCACAAGUAACUCCUGAUCCAUUUGAUUAUACCAAUAAUAAUCGUCGACAAAUUGAUAAUCAAUUAUAUCUUCAAAAUCAACCACAACGUCGUUUUUCAGUUAAUCAAAUGAAUGCAAACGAUAAUAAUGUUAACGAUAAUGAUGAUGAUGAUGAUGACGAUGUUGAUGAUGAUAAUGAUGAAUCGAUAUCAUCCGAUGAAUCACUCUCAAUUGAAUUUCCACCGCCUCCAGCUGCUUUUUCUACACCAUCAAUAAUUGAUAAUACUUAUCAAUUUGUACCAGUUAAAAAUCCAUUUCUUCCAACAACUAUUGGACGAUCAGAUUCAGGUUCUUCACUUUCACUUUCAUAUUUAUCCGAUCAUGAACCAUCAUCACCUACAAUUGUUAAACAUUCACAUUAUCCACAAUAUCGAUCUGUAGCACCAACUAGUAAUAAUUACAAUAAUCACCGUCCUGUAAUAAGUGUUAGUGCAUCACAAUCACCAUUAAUAACAAUUGCAUCACGAGGUUCACCAAAUCGAUCUGAAAUUCGUUUUUCACCAUCACCCAAUCCAGCAAAAUCAACUUUAAGAGAAUUUCGUAUAUCACGACCUGAUUCACCAUCGAUAGCAAUUAAUCGUCAAGGAAUUACUAAUCCACCAAUGCCUUAUACAAAUGGAAAUGAUAAUUCUUUCCAUAUAUCGGUUGGUCCACCAAUAAAUUCAAAUCAAAGAGAUUUACCUGUAUCACCACCACCAUCAUCAUCAUCUAUUCAUAUGCGUGGACGAACACCAUCACCAUUUCGUCAGAUCGAAAUGCAUCGUGAUUCUCCUAUUGAUAAUCGAUAUACAUCGAAUGUAGUUGCUAAUCGUUUUAAACCAUUAUUAGCAUAUACAAAUUUGAAUAGUAAUAAAUCUCUAGUAUUUGAAAAUUCAGAACAUCGAUCACCAUCUAUUGUAAAUCUUCCACCAACAUCAUCACCACAUACAAAUUCAACACCAUUUUCAAUGCGUAGUGGUCAUCUUAUGAAAAAAGAUCCAUCUGAUGUUGAUCAUCUUACACGUUUAUUAAUGAAAAGUAUCAAUUCAUCCAAUGAACCAAAUUUUUUUGGUAUGUGUGCAAGAUGUAAUGAUGAAAUAGUUGGAGAAGAAAAUGGACUCGUAGCUAUGGAUAGAAUGUAUCAUGUCUCAUGUUUUACAUGUACGAUGUGUGGUGGUCGUUUACGUGGUAUGCAUUUCUAUUCAAUGGAAAAUAAACCAUAUUGUGAAACAUGUUAUAUUACUUCAUUAGAAAAAUGUGUUGCUUGUGCCCGACCAAUUACUGAUAGAAUUCUUCGUGCAACUGGGAAACCUUAUCAUGCUGAAUGUUUUUGUUGUGUUGUUUGUCAUAAAAGUCUAGAUGGUGUACCAUUUACCAUUGAUGCAAAUAUGGAAGUACAUUGUAUUGAUUGUUUUCAUCAAAAAUUUGCUCCACGUUGUUUUGCAUGUCAUCGACCUAUAUUACCAAUCAAUGGUCAAGAAGAAACCAUUCGUAUUGUUGCUCUCGAUCGAAAUUAUCAUAUUGAUUGUUAUCGAUGUGAAAAAUGUAAAAUACAAUUUACGAUGGAAGAAGGUUGUUAUCCAAUCGAUGAUCAUGUUUUAUGCAUUCAAUGUAAUCGUAAUUAUACAAGAACUAUGCUUGGUCAUACAUAA